AUGAAAAUAAAUCCUUCUGCAUAAGAAUAUAGAUCUCACUUAGUAAACCCAUAAAGUAUCGAUAAAUUCUUAUUAUGCCAAAUUUGCCAAUCAUUAGUUUAUAAACCUUAAGAAUGCGAGUCAUGUUAAAAAAUAUUUUGUCUCUAUUGCCUAUAAAGAUGGAUGUCAAUUUGCAAUAAUGAGGUUUCAAUUAGUAAUAUUUAUAGACAUGCCCUAGUCAUUGUAAAUAAUAUAAAAUACGGAAACCUCAUCAAAUAGUUACUAAUGCUAUAAAUUAACUUCUUGUUAGAUGUGGAAAUAAGGAUUGUUCAGAACAAAUGAAAAUGGAAAAUUUGGAGAAUCAUACUAAAAUUUGCCAAAAAGCAGAUAGAUCUACUAACAUAUUUGAAAAAAAGUAAGAUACAAAGGAUGGUCUUUUUGAUGAUUAUUGUUAGAAAUGCAAUACAAAAUAUAGCUAUUUCUGUUAACAUGAUUGUAUAAAGUCACUAGUUGAAAAAAUUCAAGACAUGGAGAAAAAUUUUUAAUUAUUUUAAAAGCAAACUAUAAAAACCAUUUCUGAUUUAUUAGAAAGAGUUCCUUAAUGUGAAAAACAAUAAAAAAAUUUGGGUGAUCAAUAAAAUUACAAUAAAUAGCCAUAUUUGGGUAAUCCUUAUAAAGAAGAACAAUAAGUUUUAUUUGGUGAAGAGGAAGAAUAAAUGAAAUUAUAUGAUCCUUCAUAAGUCCAACAAUAAGAACAUUUUGAUAUUCCUUUAUGUGAAUUAAAUCACAAAUUGAAAUGGAUUUACCCUUAAAAUCAAAUAACAUGUUCAAGGUGUAAGCUCUCUGAUAUAUCAGUUCGAUAUAUUUGUGAACAGUGUAGAACAUGUUAUUGUUAAAAAUGUCGAAAACCUUAAAUUUAGUAAGGACUUUGCCCUAUCGGCCAUGCUUUACUAUUUCAAUCAAUUGUAAAUAUAUUAGAUUAUUUAAGGCUCCUCAAUAAGUUUAUUGUGAUUCGUGUAUGAUAAAUAUUUAUUCAAGGGGAGAAGCUGUGUAUUCAGAUAGAUUUUGCGAUUUAGAUAUUUGCAAUAGUUGUUACUUGAAUUUAUAAAAAUAAUAUUAACAAUGA